AUAGCCCGCCCUUCCCCCGAGCCAAUAGGUAGACAGCCGGUCUUGCCUUCCAGAGCGGUUACUCUCUAGGAAGGAACGGCUUCAACAAAUAAGCUGCUCAAGAUCGUGAGCCGAAGAGAGAGGGCUUGUUGCCGUGAGCGAAUACACCCCCGCUCGUGGAUACCCACCUUGCACCGCUAAGCUUUGAUGCCGUAUGUCGACUGAAGUAGCAUCGAAAGGAUGACUUGAGUCCCCCCGCGAGAUCGAUGCCUAGAUCGGAUCGCAUCCUGCUCGCAUCCCCGGCGCGGCUUUUUGAGUCCGACCCCCCCCGGACCCCUGGCGCUUGGAUGGGCCCGAUUUGCGGUACCAAGCAGUUGAUCUCGAUAUUGCCGUUUACAUACCAUAUGAAUCCAAACGUAAAGUGGAGGCGCCCGAUCCUGGCUUGGUGUCUCGGCUGGUGUGCUUACUGUGUACACGGUGACGGCCCGCUGCGGCCCGUUGUGAACCUUUCUAUGGGCGGGUUCGACACCAUCGUUUGCCUAACUAGGCACUUGUGUGUAUCGCCUUUGGCUGCUUCGUAUCUGUUUCAAAGGCCCUGUCGAGCGAAGGGCCGCGGGCGGGGGUUUGUGAUUGUAGUACUGUACACUAGCUAUGUACAUAUGUGGUACUGCGGCUCAUGCAACGCCCAGAAUAUAGCAGACCUUGGCCUUCAUCAAAGUGCCCAGAUCGCCGAGGAGGUAAAGGGAAAAAACGGUAGUUACUCCGUACGAGGAGGUACUGACAUGCAGAACAACAAUUAGCCCCGGGUCACAAGGUUCCAUUCUUCGAGUCUUACUGUGACUGAGUAUGUGAGUUAAUAAUCCUGGGCCGACGUUUAGCAGGGACGGGCGAAGGCCAUGCAUUGAUACACUGUUGUCAUUGGCCUUUGGAGGAACGACAGUGAAUCUUGUCAUUUCUUGACCAUAUUCUUCUGUUGAGACGGCCAGAACCUUGAGGGAUUCUGUUCCGUUGGACGUUGCAUUGGCAAAAUUCAGGGGCUUGGCGUGCGUUGCUUUGCUGCAGGCGCUGAGUGUGUGUCACCCCGGGGUCGGACGUUCAGGGGUCUCGGAAGAAGCGGCCAACAGCCGGGGGACCCCCGGGCAGUGAUGAUCGGUUGGUGGGGGUAACGAGGCGAAGCGGCAGGGCCGUGGAAGAUUCCGGGGAAGCAAGGCCCAACUGCCAGAGGCUGAACAAUGGUGUUACG